GCGUACAAAACCAAGAAGAUGGGAAUUGUUAUCGACGAUUCAAUUUAUUAUGGGAAUCUGCAUGUCUUUAUUGCUUUCUGCAUAUGUGAUCAUAGUUUAAUGGCGUGAAUACAUUUGAUGUGCUUUCCUUGCUAGUAGUUUCUCUUUUUCUCUCUCUUUCUCCUAAAUAUUUCUUACAUCUUCUUUUAAUAAUAUUACGUCUUUUGCUCCUACUCUGCAAGAAACAGUCCACAAUCAUGUCACAAAAUGCAUUAUUACGUAUCAGUCGUCCCAAGCACUUUUCGGUGAUGACGUCAAUGACAUUUGCCAAUUCAUCCCAUCGAAGCGUCUGCAGAAUUCCAUCCCGGAGCAUUUUCUCCAUAACGCCAUAUCAAAACCAUAUGAAGCCCAUCUGUAAUCCUCGAUUCCAAAAAUAUCCAAAUCACUUUUCAACCACUACAACAAAAAUGUCUGAUACCAACAAGAACUUUCUUUUGAGCAAUGUGUUCAAUGUCAAGGGCAAGGUGGCCCUCGUGACAGGUGGCGGAUCAGGAAUCGGUUUGAUGGCAACUCAAGCACUGGCUGUGAACGGUGCCAAAGUAUAUAUUGUGGGCCGAACCGAAGAAAAGCUUGAGAAUGUUGUUAAACACCAUGGUCAAAACAUCGAGGGUGAAAUUAUCCCUAUUGUUGCAGAUGUGACCCGCAAAGAUGAGAUUGCUCGUGUGGUAAAAGAGAUCGAAUCCAAGGAGAAAUGUCUCUGCAUCUUAAUCAACAACGCCGGAAUCUCUGGAGCUACCCAGCAAACGGAAGCCAAGACUGCGGAGGAAAUGAAGAAGAAUCUUUUUGAUGAUGAGAGUUCGACAUUCGAUGAUUGGUGCAAUACCUACCGUACCAAUGUUCCUCAACUAUUCUUUAUGACCACAGCUUUUCUUCCUCUACUCCAGAAAGCUUCGGAUCACCAAUAUGGAUAUUCCGGAACUGUGAUUAACAUCUCCUCAAUCUCCGGCAUCGUCCAAUCUUCACAACACCAUUUCGGAUAUAACGCCAGCAAAGCUGCAGCUAUCCACUUAACAAAGAUGCUAUCUUCGGAAAUUGCUGGCAACGGAUUGAAGAUCAGAGUCAAUAGCAUUGCACCAGGUGUAUUCCCUAGUGAGAUGACAACUGGUGGUGAGAGUGGACAGGAUCAGAAGAGUCACAUUGAGAAGGAGAAGUAUGAGAAAGUUCCCGCCAAAAGACCUGGUAAGGAUGAAGAUAUGGCCGGCGCGAUAUUGUUUGCGGCUACCAAUCAGUAUUUGAACGGUCAGACCGUGGCUGUCGAUGGUGGAUAUAUCUUGCAUGCUGGUGCUUGAUGAGCUUAUGUGGGUGGUAUGUGUACGAUAGAGUUAUCUGAUAAUGAUGGAAUGAUGGGUAUCGGUACUUGGAAUGAAUCAAUGUAACAAGUUAGCCUCUUUAGUAUCUUUCACCAUUCUCAAGUGCCCAGGUGAGACACCAAUCGCUCCGACAAUCUGUAAUCUUCCG